AUCAGUCCUCAGACAUUGCCUGUCGUGAUAAGAACGUUCAUUUCUCUUCAACAGAAAUCAGAAUUCCGAGAAAAUGCUGCUGCCCAUUGGAAUACUCGUCAUUGUACUUCCAUUACAGUUUACAGCUGCCUCCCCAUCGCGAGGCGACAGUCUGCGAGAAUUACGCAAGCUAAUGAGACAGCAGGAUGAUGAGCGGCAACAGCCAAUGGCAGCAUCUACACCCAGAACAUUUCAAAGUGAAAAUCAGUUUAAUGAAGACAUCAGUCAGUGGCUGCUGUCCCUGGAGCACUUGGGACUCGAGAUCUUUCAGUUUGUGCAGCAGUGCCGCCUGCCGGGGAGUCAAUGCCAGCAGAGACGUGUCCAUAGGAGGUUUCGAUCUCUAAGGCAUGGCUACACGGAGCUAAGGGCUCAAUUGGAGGCCUUGGAGGUGAGCUACGUGGGCAGGAUGAGCAGCGAAGAGGCCUGGACUCUGGAGAGCACUAUGCAGAAGGUCAAAAUGGUUCUCAGGCAAUACGACGAGACCUUGCGGCUGAUCAAUGGCCAGAUCUUCAAGUUGGUGGAUCAAUAAUCACUAAUUUAAGGUAGGAAAAUAUUUAUCCACAAAUGGGAUGAACUUAGAGAAUAUCUUCCAAUCGAUUGCCCAUUCCAAAAACCACCAAAGAGAGAUCCAAAUGCUCAUCAAAACAAUUUUUAAUUAAACUAAAACUGCCCUUGAAAAAAAGGAAAAGUUGUUUUCAAAGCCAAAGCGGGACUGCUUUAAACAAUUUAAACUUCUUUUGCGUAUCUCUAAAGCGACCCCCAUAUGCCCGUGGCCACACCCUCGAUGAGAGCCUUGGCCAGUUUCGUGUAGUCCAUCAGCUGGAGUUCUGGUAUCUGGGCCUGCAGACUGCGAGGGAACUCAAUGUAGGACAUCACCACACUGUCCUGCUGUUGGCCUGCCCACCGGGUGACAUUGGCUAUUAGCUCGGGCCUCGAUUGAUGGCUGCGUUGCAGAUACUUUUCCAACGGUGGUCGCACCUUGUGGAAGAAGUUCCGUAUGGCCGCCUUCUCGCCGGGAAGGACUUCCAGGAGCAGCUUGUCGGGCCGCUGUUGGGCCAUCAAUUGGCUGUUUAUCCACGCAAAGAUGUAGUACGCCGUGCUGUAGUAGUCCUCGUUCCCCAAAGUGCUAUCCAGAUCGUC